AAUUGUCGGUGUAGACCUGCUUAAAGACAUGCCGCCGGUGCAUUGCUUUCGCCUCUUCUAUCACCACCUUCCCCUCUUCGAUUCGAUUUCCAGAACGUUUUAACCCUAGAAAAAUGAUAUCUUGAUCGAUAAAGAGUAAGCCGAAGGAGAGCGAAGGAUGAGCGCGAGCAACGUCAACGCCGUGUUUUACGCGGACACCUACCACCCGAUCCAAUCCGGGAGCAUCGACGGCACCGACAUCCUCCCCCACGACAGAGCCGUCUACGGCGCCCUCCUCUGUUCCAACGCCGGCCUCUAUGAUCCGUUUGGCGAUCCCAAGGUUAUCGGCGAUCCUUACUGCACUGUAUUCGUCGGCCACCUCUCACGCCAGACCGAUGAAGAAAUUCUUCGAAAGGUUAUGAGCAAAUAUGGGAGGGUGAAGAACCUGCGGUUAGUGAGAGAUAUUGUUGCAGUUACUGGCGCCUCACGCGGUUAUGCUUUUGUUGAAUAUGAAACUGAAAGAGAGAUGCGCCGUGCGUAUGAGGAUGCACACCAUUCUAUUAUUGAUAACAGUGAAGUGAUUGUAGACUAUUACAGGCAGCAAUUGAUGCCUGGAUGGAUCCCGCGGAGGUUAGGAGGGGGCCUUGGAGGUAGGAAGGAAUCUGGUCAGCUUCGCUUUGGAGGUCGAGAGAGGCCAUUCCGAGCUCCUUUGCGUCCUAUUCCCUAUGAUGAUCUGAAGAGGCUUGGUAUUCCACCACCACCUGAAGGACGAUAUAUGUCACGCUUUGAGGUUCCAUCACCCCCCAGACGGAGAAGCAGCCAUGCAGACAAGGAAGACUCACCAUAUGUGCAGCGAAGAUCCAAUGAUAGGGAAGAACCUUCCCACAAGCAGCAGAGAAGUUCAGCUGACAGAGAUGAUUCCUCUCACAAGCAUCGUCGAUUUCACCAGGAACCUUCCUAUGACAAGGAUGACUCCUCUUACAAGCAUCAUAGACGUCGUGGUGAACAUUCCUACCCGCAUAAGAAGAGAUCAGCUAGUAGAGACCACAGUUCAUAAUUUUUUUCAAGAGAAGAAUUAAAAUGUCAUAUGUUUCUUAGUUUGUGGGUCUUUGUCUAGAUAGAAGCUAGAAUUUGAUAGCCUAAGGGAUCUUUACAUACUCGUUAAUCAUACCUAUCAAGGCAGGCAGGAAAAUGGAAAAUAAUUUUGAGGUUCUCCGCUCUAUCAAAGCUUCCUGAUUUGUAUGUUCA